UUGUUCAAGAGGAACCAGAUGGUUUUCAGCAUGAAUGGGGUCAUGAAGGGCAGGUUCUGUUAGGCUGGUACAGUUGUUCGCAAAUAGAAAAGUAGUGAUAACUGGAAUCCCUGGCUUCAGUUCCCUUGCUUGGUUUCUUUUGCCUGCUUGAAACUGUUCUUCUUGGAUUUGUGUAACUAACUCUCAAUCAUUUAUGGAAUCUGUAAAGUUUUGACCUCCACCACCAGGCUACUGUUGAGUGUUUUGGGCUUCAAUGCCCUUUUUAUUUGUUAAUGAGUGGUCGGACUAAGUUUCAGCAACUGCUCGGAAAAAAUGAACUGGAGGCUAAAGAAGCUUGUAAUUGGCUGCGGGCUGCUGGAUUUCCGCAAUAUGCCCAGCUCUACGAAGCGGGACAGUUUCCUUUAGACAUCUCCUCUGUGAAAAAAGACCAUGGGUUUCUGGACCAGGAUUCACUGAAGUCACUAUGCAGGAGGCUGUCAACCUUGAACAAGUGUGCCUCCAUGAGACUGGAGGUCCAUUUUCAGUGCAAACAGAGUGAAGACUCUGAGGAGGAUGACCUGUGUGCCAUCAGUGACCGCUGGGCAUUCCAGCGAGAGAGUAAGACAUGGUCCCGACUGCGUACCCUCUCCCCACACGUCUCCACCACCCUGCACCCUUUGAGGGCCUCUGCUAGUAGUGAGAGCAUCCUGAGUGACUUCAGCAACCUGGAGGUCACCUCCACCCACAGCAGUAGCAGCCUGAGUGUGAAGAGUGACAGAGGUACCACUUCCAGCAACCCCUCCAGUCAGGUCACCAGCACGGCAGAGCCCUACACCCUUACCUCCCACCAUGACUCCCAUGGUUCCCACUCUCCCAAUGGAUCUGCCUGUGAGGACCAGCCUGUGUCUCCAAAAGACCUGCUUACUGUUCCUGUCAGCAGAGAGAAGACCAAGAGGUGUUCCAAUACCUUCCUGAAGAGAAUGGAGUCGUUCAAGAGAAAGGAUAAAGAGAGGGAAGUGACAGAUGGCCAAGUUGUGACCUCUCCACUGCAGUUCCCUCUAACCCCUGGCAGUUUGCAUUGCACUUCCAAUGAAAGUCUACCUGGUUUAAAAAACAACACUACAGAAAAGAGCAGUGUAAAUUACAGCAGAAAAGCUCAUACUAUCUGUCGUACAGGCCGUAGGUCCCCAGUUGUGGACAGAGCUAAUGCGAAGAGCAGUUGGCUCUAUCUAGAGGACUAUGAUAUGGCAGGGUGGAAGGGGGCUAAACAGGUUAUUCAGAAGAGUGGCUAUAAAAAUGGACUGGAUUGUCUGGUUCAUCUGCCAAUGGACCACAAGCCAGGCACGUUCCCCAAGUCCCUAUCCAUCGAGAGCCUGUGCACUACUUCCACCUCUCAUGAGCUGUGUGAAUGGCAGAUGGAGGACGUAAACCUCUCCCUGGGCAGCAGUCACGAGUCCCAGGAAUUCAACAUGUUUCCAAUAAGAAGAAAUUCGUGUUCCUCAGUGGGGAGCAUCUAUGACAAUGUAAAUGAGGCUAGUGGCAGUUCAGACGAGUUGAGAGAGAAGGUCUUUGAGCACCUGGAUGAUAUCCUUCAACAUGUCCAUGGCCUUCAGCAGAAUAUAGACCAGUGGUCCAAGAAGGUGUGUCAGGAGCUCAGUGACAAGCAUGAGGAAGAGGAGGACACUGACGAGACCAGAGAAACAACAUUCUCCUCCAGCCUCCAUUUUGAGGAGCAGUCUAUGUCAGAUGUAGGCACGAUGGCAAGUGACUACGACAGCACCGGAAACUCUUUGAAUGAGGUGGAGGAUGUUGAGACAAGAGAACGAAGGGACUCAGGAGUGGGUGCUUCCUUAACCAGGCCAAGCAGGAAGCUACGGUGGCAUAGUUUCCAGAACUCCCACAGGCCGAGCCUGACUUCAGCCUCCCAGGAAAUUAACCGCCAGUCAGCUGCUCAGCUCAACCUUCUGCAAAAGUUCUCUCUGCUCCGGCUCACUGCUAUAAUGGAGAAAUACUGCGAACCCAACAAACAUGGCUGGAGCUGGUCUAUUCCUAAGUUUAUGAAGAGGAGUAAGGUCCCUGACUACAGGGACAAACAGGUUUUUGGUGUUCCACCAAUCAUCAAUGUCCAAAGGAGUGGGCAACCCCUACCCCAGAGCAUCCAGCAGGCCAUGCGCUACCUCCGUAGCCAAUGUCUGGAAAAGGUUGGCAUUUUCCGUAAGUCUGGGGUGAAGUCUCGGAUCCAGACUCUGCGGCAGCUGAAUGAAAAUUCCCCAGACCACGUGAGGUACCAGGGCCAAUCAGCCUACGAUGUGGCCGACCUGCUGAAACAGUACUUCAGAGACCUGCCUGAGCCUGUCCUCACCACCAAGCUCACUGAAACCUUCCUGCAGAUCUACCAAUGUGUCCCGAAGGACAUGCGUCUUCAGGCAGCCCAGGCUGCAGUCAUCUUGCUGCCUGACGAGAACCGGGAGGUCCUGCAGACCCUGCUCUACUUCCUCAGUGACAUCGCCUCUGCCGAGGAGAACCAGAUGACAGCUGGGAACCUGGCCGUGUGCCUGGCCCCCUCCAUCCUACACCUCAACAUCUCCAAGAAAGAGGGCACCUCCCCCAGAUUAAUCCACCGAAGGGGGGCAGGGGUAAAACCGGACCACAAGGACCUGAGUGAGAACAUGGCUGCCACUCAAGGACUCAGCCACAUGAUUGUGGAGUGCAAGAAAUUAUUCCAGAUCCCUCAUGAGAUGAUGCUGCAGUCGCGGAACUCCUAUGUCGCAGCAGAUGCCCAGCCACUCCCUCUCCACGGCUUGGGCCUGAACAUGAAGGGCGAGCCUGUGGAUUACAGAGCCUACCUGGAGGAUAAUAUCCAGGCUCUACUGAGGGAGUCCACAGAGAAGAGCAAAGGAUGGCACAGCGCCCUGGGCCCAGAAAACACAGAGCUGACAUACAAGAAGGUAGGGGACGGCCAUCCCAUCCGUCUUUGGAAAGUGACCACCGAGAUCGAGGCCCCGCCCCAGACAGUGUUGCACAGAGUUCUGCGUGAGCGCCACCUGUGGGAUGAUGACCUGCUCCACAGCCGUGUAAUCGAGGCUCUUGAGAACAACACAGAGGUGUAUCACUAUGUGACAGACAGCAUGGCACCUCAUCCCCGCAGGGACUUCGUAGUGCUUAGGCGGUGGUGUAGUGACCUUCCUCAGGGCCUGUGUCUGCUAGUGUCCUCCUCUGUGGACCAUGACAAUGUGCACCUGGAGGCAGGGCUACGGGCAGUGCUGCUCACCUCACGGGUCCUGAUUGAGCCCUCAGGGAUGGGCCGGUCCAGGCUGACGCAUUACUGCAGAGCAGACGUCAGGGGACGAUCACCUGAGUGGUACAACAAAGUGUUUGGCCAUCUCUGUGCGGUGGAGGUUGCUAGGAUACGGGGCUCCUUCCCUGUGCUGACAGUGAAAGGAACCGAGACAAAGCUUUGAACUUUGAGAAGGACCGUCGGCCCACUUGAGACACGUGCUGCCUACAGCACACAAUGACUCAAAUGAAGGGUGCCUAUCUGUAGCAUUAUAUUACAUCUGCCUGAUAAACUCUCCAGUGUCAUCAACAGGGUACUGUCAGGAUGUGGACUCUCACUCAGAUUGCACUGAUGCCCCAUGAGGAGCCACUGAGGGAAUGUCAGCAAUAUUUACAAAUCUAAACCAGCCUAUGCAUUAACUGACCAUAAAACAUUAAAACAUACCUUGAAAGAAAGAAAAUAGACAGUUUCUUUAUGCAAAACCCGUUCUUUUGAAAGCUUUAUGAGUCCCACCGCGACAUCCGUGCGAUUUGGACUUCUUACCCGUUUAACAUCUUGUGUUUGAGCUACAGAUUUCUGGGUUGUACUAUUUGAUUAAUCUAUUUAUUCUGCAUCUGUGUGAUUAACGGGGCUGAGCUAGAGCGGAGUCUGUGAGACUGGUGGAUCCUGAAAGGGCCCGGGGCCGGAUCUUUUCACAAAGUAAGAGAGAGUCCGAAUGGUUUGAGCUACACUAUUAAAAGCUAUCUAUGAAAAGCUGGGAUUCUCACAAAUACACACAUGUAACAUGUUUUACUUUAUGACAGACAAGCUACACAACAGGUGUUAGAAGGUAAGGGGUUCUUCUACAUAGAAGAUCAUAGGAAAUCCCAGGACAUAGUGUCUAUAAAACUGUAAGGGGUUCUUCUACAUAGAAGAUCAUAGGAAAUCCCAGGACAUAGUGUCUAUAAAACUGUAAGGGGUUCUUCUACAUAGAAGAUCAUAGGAAAUCCCAGAACAUAGCGUCUAUAAUGCUGUAAUAAGCACACAUAGUUGCUGUCACAAACUCCAAGCUCCACAAAGUUGUCAAUGACUAGUUGGAUAUUAAUUUCCCACUGAGCAAAUCAUUUAUGUGCUUACAGCAUUCAUUCAAUUCAUUUUUAUCCGGUUUUUGUUUUGGCUUAAAAUUUUUUAUUGACUUUUGACAAUAAAACACAUGAAUGCAACUGUUUAUGGCACAUUGUUGCCCUGGUUGCCCUGAAAAUAAAAUGGUUAAACACUUAUUUGUGAAGCUAAAUAUAAGGGCUGGACAUGCAGAUAAAUGAAAGCAAGAUAAAUGAAAAGCCGAUUUUUGCUUGUGUCUCGGGACUGAAAGGGUUAAUGCUGACUUAUCAAGACUUAUGGAGAUGAUGCCAAAAUGCCAUGGAAUGUUUUUAGCUGCAACUAGCUUUACACAAUAAGCUAGUACACAAUCAGGAGAGCUCUAUAGAAACCAUUCAUGCUUGUACUGUAUGCUAUGCAAUUUCUUCAUGAUAAAUUCACAGAGCUAAUAUAUUUUACUAUUGUCCUUAGAUGUGUCUCAAACUUGAGAAUGGCACUUUCAAUAGCUAGCCUCAGUGUUGAUAAUGCAAACAUACUUAGAUGUUAGAGAGAAAAGGUUUUGUUAUUGAAGCUCCUUAGUGGGUGGUAGUGUGUCUUAAAACACUGCAUUUCCAGACCUUGCUUCAGCCCUACAUCUUCAGUAACUUUUUAUUUUACUCAAGUGUUUAUCAUAAGACUCUGGACUUCCUGUUAUGUCUCUUAUUUUUACUCUUCUCUUUUAAAGACUAACUGGUUAACCUCCUCUCACUCUAAUUUAGCUAUUGCUUAGCUGCUGAGCUAUAGGGAUCCUUCUUCUUCCUCAGAUCUUCAGAAGUUUAGAAUUGGGAACAGAGCCAUUUGUGAAAUAGGCAAAUAUCUGUCCACCAAGCACCAAACUAUAAGAUAUAAGCAUGGAGCGCAAACAUUUGCAUAAUUCACGCUUUGAUGUCAGUUUAAGAUUUAUUCAUGAGUAAUUGCUUGUGUCAGGAUUUGCGAUCACAAUGAGAAGGGACAAGGAUCAUGACACGCUCAAAAGUGGACAGACAACCUGAGCUUUAGACAGCAUUUGUGUAGAUUGCUUAAUUACUGUGUGUGUCUGCAGUAUUAUUGUAUUUUAUUGUGUCUCAGUAAUCCGUGUUUUAUUUAUGUCUGUAUGAAUGAGUCUUCGUAUGAGUCACAGGAAUGUGACUACCUCUGUCUGUACAGAAUCGAACCAUUGACGUAUUUUUCUGUUGGGCAUUAUAUACAGGAAUGAUUUUUAAUUAGAUCUCAUUUUAAUCUGAGUUAUGCAAUGGGUGGAAGUGCAAUGACUGAAUGCAUGUAACCUUUUUCAGUGUUUUUUUUAAUGCCAUAUGCUUUACAUACAUACAUUAAUAGCCCGUACACCUAAAUGGGAUUACUCCCACUGAAUAACUAAUGCAAUGAACAUAAUUUAAACAAUAGGGGGAAGUAAUAGCCAUAAACACAAGUAUUACAUAUCUGUGAACUACAGGGUAGUUUUGAGUGAAUACUUUUUGUAACAUAACAGGCCAUUGUAUUGUACUCAAUGAAGCAGUUGUAAAUAACUUGCAUUUUAGCCCACAACAAUGUGUUCAUCUUAUUUGUCUCAUCUAUUACUAUUUACUCUUCCUUUACUACCUAUUUGUAUUAUACUGCUCUGACUGUAAAAUAGAGUAGAAAAUCAAUAAACAAAUAUUGAAAAACGAA